AUGGCCGCUAUGUACGCAAAAACGGCGAAAAAUACCCCUUUCCCAAGGAAGCUGAAUUUCUGGUUUUGUCCAAAGUCCGGUGGCGUAGCAUUGUGGGUUGGAUUGAAUUCGAGCCGGUGGGGAUGGACUCUACCCUCGACGUGCUCGGGACCGGUCCUCCCCGCACCCGCGAGACCUCACAGACCACGUUUUAUGUCAACGAAGCCUAUCUUGGUACAGUCAAGGUAA